CGUGGAGAAAUGGUGAUCACAACACCAACUCCGUCCCUCCCAAUCUAUCUGUGGGGUGACAAAGACAAUGAACGCAUGCAAGAAGCUUACUUCAACAAAUAUGGGACAGGAGUUUGGUGUCAAAAUGAUGAAGGAUACUUCAAUCCUGAAACAAAAGGUUUCGCAGUAAUAGGAAGAAGUGAUAAUGCUUUGAAACAGUACGGCGAACGUUUAAGUCCUGAUGAUAUAUAUAUUGCAAUUGACCACAUCAAAGAAUUGCAAGACUACAUUUGCGUGUGCCAAGACAGUGCUUCCGGUGAUCCCAGAUCAAUCCUUUUCGUCCAAUUGGCAGAUGGAUACGCAUUCACUCCGGAAUUGAAAAAGAAAAUUGAGCAAAGUAUUCAGCAGGAGCUUUCUAUCGUGAGUGUCCCAGAAGUGAUUUUAGAGGUGCCAGACAUUCCGUAUAAUAUAAACAACAAAAGGAUGGAAAGUACUGUCAAGCAAAUUGUUAUGACAAACGUCAUUCCUCAUGUGACAAACAUCAGAAAUCCAGACUGCUUAAAAUAUUUUUGCGACAUUCCAGAAAUAGUAAAUUAUAAUUGAAUUGG